AUGGCCACGUUCCCUGUGACUCUCCGGGCAGCGCUGUCUGGUCAGACCCUCGCCGAGGUCGAGGUUUAUGCGGAUGACACAGUUCAAGCUUUGCGGGCUGCUUUGCAUUCACAAGAAGGAGGUUGUAUGGUGCGCUGCGACUUCCUGUUUGGUGGCAAGGUGCUCGUAGAGCACGAGCUCUUGGGGGAUGCAGGCGUGCAGCCUGGAGGUGUUGUGGACGUCCUCCGGAGUCAGGGGCCUUGGCUCGCGGCGGCGUGUGCCGAUGGCGCCGCCAGGCUUUGGGACUUGAGCUCGGGCGACUGUUUCAAAACGCUCCACGGGGACGGUGCAGGUCUUCGCAAAGUCGUCCUGCUUGCCGACCAGCAGCAUGUGUUGACUGGAUCAGAUGACGGCACUGCGAUUCUCUGGAACUUGGGAGGAGCUGGUCAUCGGACCCUUGCUGAUCAUGGGGCCUGCGUCACAGAGGUCUCAGCAUCGCCUGACAGCAAGCUGGUGCUGACCAUUGCUCACGGCGAGCUGCGGGCUUUGGUGCCUGAACGAGCUUCGAGAAAGCGCCCGGCUGCAGGGACACGGCGCAGCGGUUCUGGCAGCGACCUACUCCAAAAAUGGCCGCAUGAUCGUGUCUGCCUCAAUCGACCACACGGCUCGAGUUUGGGAUGCCAGCAGUGGGGCGUGCCUUCACAUUCUGUCUGGGCAUUUGGACUCCGUUAG